UUCCCCUCCCCGUCCACCCCGUGCCCGUCCCCGUCCACCCCCAGGCAGCUUCCAGCCGGACGUCCUCGCACAAUUCGCCAUGGCUACCCCGCUGCAAAUCAACCCGGCGCAGGAACAGGCUGUUGCUGACAUUCUCUCCCGGCCUCGCGCCGCCAACACGGGCCCCUUCGCACACGUCCUCAACGCAUACGAUGCCUUCAGGGACCGGAGAGAGGCAUUGGGCCUCAACAACCCCGGCACCGUCGAGAACAUUGCCCGCGAGGUCCAGCGCGAUGUCUUCCUGAACAACUCGAGCUUCUCGGGCCUGCGCGCCGAGCUCACAAAGGCCUUCAGCGCCGCCCCGCUCUUCCAGGUUGCACACUCGCUGUCAAUGGGCUCGCAGGUCAUGCCGCCAUACUCGUACAUGGUUCUCUACGGGUCGCCGCGGGUGUUUAUGCAAGGAAACAUUGACAACGAGCUCGCCUUCUCUGGCCGCUUCAACUGGCGCUGGACGCCAGCGUUCGUCUCCAAGGCCGCCGUCCAGCUCACCUCGCAAGGCAACAUGGUUUCGCUUGAGAACGACUACACGGGCGCCGACUUUUCUGCCUCGCUCAAGGCCGUCAACCCCUCGAUACUCGAUGGUGGCGUCACUGGCAUGCUCAUGGCGAGCUACCUCCAGUCGGUUACACCAAAGCUUUCGCUCGGCAUUGACGCUUUCUGGACACGCCCCGCCAUGGCAUACCCACCCGAGCUAAACGUUUCGUACGCUGCGCGCUACCGGGCUGAAGACUGGAUGGCCUGCGGCCAGCUUAUUCCCGACCGCGGGGUAAUGGAGGCCUCAUACUGGCGCAAGCUCACAGACAAGGUUGAGACGGGCAUCAACUGCAACUUGGCCUUCGCUGGCAUCGGUCCUGGAGGCCCCAUGGCCGGCCCACAGAAGGAGGGCAAUGUCACAAUCGGUGCCAAGUACGACUUCCGCCAGUCGUCAUUCAGGGCGCAAAUCGACAACCAGGGCAAGGUCGCGUGUCUGCUGGAGAAGAUGAUUGCGCCACCCAUUCGCGUAACCUUCUCAGGCGAGAUCGACCACAAGCAAAAUGCCGCCAAGCUUGGUCUGGCCGUUGCGAUAGAAGCCGCCGACGAGGCUGUCAUGGAGCAACAAGAACAACAGGGCGCCGCAAUGUCUGCUGGAUCGAUCCCCUUCUAAACGCCUCUCUCUCUCUCCACACUCACACACACACACACACACAACCAUGUAUCGCUAUAAUACCAUGACUCUUCUCUUUGCUGUAUCACCACCUUUCUUGGAGCGAAGCGCAG